AUGCCAGAAGAAACAAUAUCAUUAGGUCAAUACUUGUUUGCAAGAUUGAAUCAAAACCCAAUUGGAAUCAAAAAUGUCUUUGGUGUUCCCGGAGAUUUUAACUUGGCGUUAUUAGACAAGAUUGAUGAUGUGAAAGGGAUGAAAUGGGUUGGAAGUGUCAACGAAUUGAAUGCAGGUUAUGCUGCUGAUGGAUACUCAAGAAUCAAGAAUGCAUUUACCCCCGAAGGAUCAUCAAUUGGCUGUCUUGUGACUACAUUUGGAGUAGGGGAACUUUCUGCAGUAAAUGCGAUUGCUGGAGCCUAUUCAGAACAUGUCGGAUUAGUUCAUGUUGUUGGUAUCCCAUCAGUUGAAGCUCAAAAAAAGGAAUUGUUGUUGCAUCACACUUUGGGAAAUGGGGAUUUUACUGUUUUCCAUAGGAUUUCCUCGUUUAUUAGUGCAACAACUGCAGCAUUGAAUGAUCCAGUUCAUGCUCCAGAUGAGAUUGAUAGAGUAAUAGAAUCAGCUUUUGUUAACCAAAGACCAACUUAUUUGGCAUUCCCCUCCAAUUUGGUCAAUGCGAAAGUGCCAGCUAGCAGAUUGGAAAAACCAUUGAAUUUGAAACCACCACCAAACGAUCCAAAAGUUCAGGAAGAAGUCUUGGAUACUAUUCUUGAAAUGAUUGCUAAAGCUAAAAACCCCGUUGUUAUUGUUGAUGCUUGUUGUAGUAGACACAAUGCCACUUUUGAGACGAACAAGUUGAUUCAAUUGACCAAUUUCAAAUUUGCAGUGACUCCUAUGGCAAAGGGGGCAAGGGAUAUUGAAGAAAAUGAUUCAAAGUUUAUUGGUGUUUAUGUGGGUGACUUGUCAUACCCAAAGACCAAAGAGUUGGUCGAAAGUUCAGAUUUGGUGUUGUCACUUGGGGCAAUUUUAUCUGAUUUCAAUACUGGUGCAUUCUCUUACUCAUUAGACCCUUCAAAGAUUAUUGAAUUUCAUUCCGAUUACACCAAGAUCAAGAGUGCCCAGUACCCUGGUAUCAGAAUGAAGGAGUUGCUUCAUGCAUUGGUUUCCUCUCCUGAGUUGAAGAAAAUCACAGCAAACUACAAGCCACCAACCCUUGACCUUGACAAGAUGCCCCCAGUUGAAUUACCUGGUGAUCACAAUAUUACCCAAUCUUGGCUUUGGUCCAACUUGGGUUCGUGGUUGAGAGAAGGUGAUGUUAUUAUCACGGAAACGGGUACUUCAAACUUUGGAAUAAUUCAAACGAAGUUCCCCAAGAAUUGUGUUGGUAUCAGUCAAGUAUUGUGGGGGUCAAUUGGUUAUUCCGUUGGUGCUGCAUCAGGUGCAGUUAUCGCUGCUGAAGAAGUUGAUCCAAAUAGAAGAGUCAUUUUAUUUGUUGGAGAUGGUUCGUUGCAGUUGACAGUACAAGAGAUUUCCACAAUGGUUAGACACCACAACAAUAUCUACAUUUUUGUUAUAAACAACAAUGGAUUUACUAUUGAGAGGUUAAUUCACGGAAAGACUGCUUCCUACAAUGAUAUUCAAGAAUGGGAGAAUACCGAGUUAUUGAAAGUGUUUAAAGGUACGAACAUUGAAACUCACAAGGCAGGAAAUAUCAAAGAAAUCACUGACUUGUUUAAUGACAAAGAGUUUGCUAAAAACAACAAGACUAGAUUAAUUGAGUUAAAGUUAGAAACGUUAGACGCACCAGAGAAUUUGGUCAAACAAGCUGAAAUGUCAUCAAAGACCAACGAUGGGUAG